UCGUUAACUAUUGUGCAUAUUGUUGCAGUAGUUAGCCACAAUGCACAAUAAACCAAUGAAAUUGGACCUUUCCAAUUUCUUUACCGAUGAAAGGAAAUGCUCCCUAAUCCUUCUUGAUGUGAGCUGGAAAAAUAUCAAGAACUUGCAAGAUCAUAUACAAAAUCUUUUUCAUUUGAAUGGCAUCAGUCUUUUGACUGGCGAUGGCUCUUAUUUGCCGCCGAAGGAAUCCAUUGAAGUACUAAGAAAUGCCGAUUGCCUGAAGGCAUUUCAAUUUCAAAUUCCCAUUGAGGAUCACACAAUUGUGGAAAUGGCUUCCACUUCUACAAGAAAAUCAACUAAAAGGCGAAAGAAUCAUUCAUCAGAUUUGGAAUUAGCCAGUUCCACCCCGAAUAAUGCAAAGAGAUCAAGAAACCAAUUAGAUCAACCCUGUUCUAUAUUAGCCACAACUGAGAAGCAAUCACCUAAGCUUGAGACCAAAAAGAAACGAUCGAGAAAAGUAGAAGCCAAGGAGGAUUUAAAAAAUGAUGCCGAUACUCUUGAAGAGGAUCUUAGCAACAAGGAGAAUACUCUUGAGAUUGCGACCACGGAGCAGGAAUCUCCUUUAGUAUCUACAAAAAACUUACAAUCAGACUUAAGCCAUAAAAAGGUCGUGAUGGAGCCACCAACUCCUAGGUGUCCUGAGGUAGUUCUUCGUUGCGCUCUUUUGGAGAUAAAUUUGAAUACCCCACGGGUAUUUAAAUUGCCCAGACAAGAGUCGCCUGUUAAGAUCUUGGAGAACAUUCUUAUACCAGCUAUACCAUUUGGAACUCUGGAACCGAAGGAAAUUGAACCCAUUCGGGAACUAAAGGAUAUUGAACCCAUUCGGGAACUAAAGGAAAUUGAACCCACUCGGGAUGUAGCGAAAAAAUCAGAAUCCGAGGAUCAAACUCCUGAUCUGGAAACAUCAAAAGAAACUCAAAUCAACGAAAUAGAAUCAACAGAGAAGCAGGAAGAAGCCAUCGAGGAGGCGAAUACUGCCAAUGUCGUACUUAACUCUGAUUCUGAAGAUGAUGUUAUGGUACUGGAGGAUUCAGAUUCUGAUGUACAACCCGUUGCCUCAGUGGGUUCCAGAAAAACUGAAACUACAGAUGUAAUCUCAGAUCUUUUGCAGUAUGGAGUUAAGUUGAAAAACCUGCCAAGCAAAGGUGACACCAUUGUCUUCAAAUUGCCAAAGAUUAAAGGUUCUCCGAAAUCUGGACUUACGGAAUUUUUAGCUGGCAGCUGCUGUUAUGUGCAUCGACGCACCAAAGUCAUAACCAUAAAUCUCAUCUCGUAUCCUAAACAUCUUUUGCAUUUGCUGCGUCAAUACAAGAGCAAUCUCGAUGAAAGCGAAGCAGAUGUCCCUGUAUUGAAUGUAAAUAUCAAUGACCUUAUUGAGGCCAGCAUUUGCGUAGCAACUGUAGACUAAAAC